AUACACGGCAGGAUAGUGAAUCUCUGAAGAACGGUAGGACGGUGAACAAUUCUGAGUAUGUCUCUGGAUCCUGUGGAUCGCACUUAAACGUGGAGCGACACGCUGACAGAGUUCCGUCUUAGCGAUUGGAUAUCCAAAGUCGUCACAUAGCGGCGAUUGGCUUGGGACAUUAGCCGCUUUCUGUGUCCAGUAGGCGGGUGCAAAGAAAGAUGGCGGCGUCCGCGUUGUUGAGAACUAAUUGUGGAAUUUUAAAUGUCCUAAAAUGUUCAGUGAAGGGGCUAACACAAAUUAAUCGAGGAACUACCGCUUCUGUAGUUGCACAAUCGCGGUUGCUGCAAAAUGCAAGGUGUUAUUCUCUUGGUCACCUCACUGUACAAGAACGAAUUGAGAAGAAACGACAAGCAGCGCUUGUUGGAGGUGGUCAAAAGAGGAUAGAUGCACAACAUAAAAGGGGAAAACUGACUGCAAGAGAGAGAGUGGAGCUGCUGCUGGAUCCAGACAGCUUUGUCGAGUAUGACAUGUUUGUUGAACACCGGUGUUCAGAUUUUGGUAUGGAGGCAGACCAUAAUAAGUAUCCUGGUGACAGUGUGGUGACUGGACAGGGCAGGAUAAAUGGCAGAUUGGUGUAUGUUUUCAGUCAGGAUUUCACUGUUUUUGGAGGUAGUUUGUCUGGAGCCCAUGCUCAGAAGAUUUGUAAGAUUAUGGACCAAGCAAUGAUGGUGGGUGCCCCAGUUAUCGGUCUUAAUGAUUCCGGAGGAGCCCGUAUUCAGGAAGGAGUUGAAUCCCUCGCAGGAUACGCUGACAUUUUUUUGCGGAACGUGAUGGCUUCUGGAGUAGUGCCACAGAUCUCUCUCAUCAUGGGCCCAUGUGCAGGAGGAGCUGUGUACUCACCUGCCCUAACAGACUUCACCUUCAUGGUUAAGGACACCUCCUAUCUGUUCAUCACUGGGCCAGAUGUUGUGAAGUCCGUCACAAAUGAGGAUGUGACCCAGGAGGAACUUGGAGGAGCAAAGACUCACACUGCUGUGUCAGGCGUAGCUCACCGGGCCUUUGAGAAUGAUGUUGACGCCCUCCUGAACCUCAGAGACUUUUUCAACUUCCUUCCUUUGAGUAACAAAGACCCAGCCCCUGUCACUGAGUGUCAUGAUCCCAGCGAUCGGCUGGUACCUGGUCUGGAUACGCUGGUUCCAUUUGAAAGCACCAAAGCCUAUGACAUGCUGGACAUCAUUCAUGGUAUAGUAGAUGAGAGGGAAUUUUUUGAAAUCAUGCCAAACUAUGCUAAAAAUAUCGUGGUGGGGUUUGCUAGGAUGAAUGGACGCACUGUAGGCAUUGUGGGUAACCAGCCGAAAGUGGCAUCUGGCUGCUUGGACAUCAACUCCUCAGUGAAAGGGGCACGCUUUGUCCGUUUUUGUGAUGCCUUCAACAUUCCCAUCAUUACAUUUGUGGAUGUGCCUGGAUUCCUGCCUGGCACAGCCCAAGAGUACGGUGGUAUCAUUAGACAUGGAGCCAAACUGCUUUUCGCAUUUGCUGAGGCAACUGUACCAAAGAUCACUGUAAUCACAAGAAAGGCGUAUGGAGGUGCUUAUGAUGUGAUGAGCUCCAAACACCUCAGAGGAGAUGUGAACUAUGCUUGGCCCUCAGCUGAAGUGGCCGUUAUGGGUGCCAAGGGGGCUGUUCAGAUCAUUUUUAGGGGUAAGGAGAACCAGGCAGAGGCUGAAGCAGAAUAUGUGGAAAAAUUUGCCAACCCCUUUCCUGCCGCUGUCAGAGGCUUUGUGGAUGACAUCAUUCAGCCUUCUACCACACGGAAGAGGAUCUGCAGGGACUUGGAAGUCCUGGCCAGUAAGAAGCAGACAAACCCCUGGAAGAAACAUGCCAAUAUUCCCUUGUAAAUUUUCAUCCGAAUGGAUUUUUUUUUUUGGAGACAUUUUACUAGAACAUUUGCUUUUAGUUAUAGAGUUAAUUACACUCCCCUUCCACCGAGAGAGAAAUCAUGUGAUAAGCAUGAUUGACUGUGCCUUAUACCAAUUAAAAUGUGAGAUACUCAAUGUGUAAAUGAAAGCAUUAAAAGAGUCUGAUGAUAAA